GACGCCUGGUUUCCCGCGCUCUGUCGCCAUCUCGCGGAGCAGCUCGGUGACCGACGGGAUCUAAAAUGGCGGCCGGGGAAACGAGCGGAGGCUGUUCGAGUGUUUUCAACGGUAACGGCAGAACGAAGGAGCGGCGGGAGUGUGACAGGAAGCUGUCAUCAUGCUGUGAGUCUGUGACCUCGCUGCUCACUCUGUGAGGAGCACGAGGAGAUGGCGGCUGAACUUUUCCCCACCAGCCUCUCCCACGGUAGCGAGGUGGAGGCGGUGGAGGUGAAGAAGAGUUUCAUUCAGCUGAGCGAACCGGGGCCGUCAUCCGAAAACAUUUACGAGCGAGACUCCGAUCAGCCGAGCGGCAACAACAACAUCGGAGAAGAGAGAGACAGCUGGCAGGCAGCACACCCCACCCUCAGAGAGAGAAACGCUCUGAUGUUCAACAAUGAGCAGAUGGCUGAUGUUCACUUCAUUGUCGGUCCUCCGGGUGAAACGCAGAGAGUCCCUGCUCAUAAGUACGUCCUGGCGGUGGGCAGCUCGGUGUUUGGAGCCAUGUUUUAUGGAGAUCUAGCUGAAGGACGAUCUGAAAUCCAUAUCCCUGACGUGGAGCCUGCUGCUUUCCUCAUCCUUUUAAAGUACAUGUACAGUGAUGAAAUCGAGCUGGAGGCUGACACUGUGCUUGCUACCCUCUACGCUGCUAAGAAGUACAUCGUUCCUGCUUUGGCGAAGGCAUGCGUCACCUUCCUGGAGACGAGUCUGGAGGCAAAGAAUGCCUGCGUCCUGUUGUCUCAGAGCCAGCUGUUCGAGGAGCCAGAACUUACGCAGCGCUGCUGGGAGGUGAUCGACGCUCAGGCUGAGCUCGCGCUGCGAUCUGAAGGUUUCUGUGAGAUUGAUCUGCCCACAUUGGAGAUCAUCCUGCAGAGGGAAACGCUCAAAAUUCGUGAGGUCAUGGUCUUCCAGGCGGUGCUGAGCUGGGCAGCGGCUGAGUGUCGGCGGCAGGGCCUAGCGGUUACACCCAGGAACCAACGGGCAGUACUGGGCAAGGCUCUCUACCUGGUCCGGAUCCCCUCCAUGACGCUGCAGGAGUUUGCAGAUGGGGCGGCGCAGUCGGAUGUCCUUACACUGAAAGAGACUCGCGACAUUUUCCUGUGGUUCACCGCCACCAACAAACCCAGACUGGAGUUCCCUCUGGUGAAGCGGGCUGGCCUGGCACCGCAGAGAUGCCACCGUUUUCAGUCUUCAGCCUACCGCAGCAACCAGUGGCGUUACCGGGGACGCUGUGACAGCAUCCAGUUUGCAGUGGACCGGAGGAUCUUCGUGGCCGGACUCGGCCUGUACGGGUCGAGCAGCGGGAAGGCAGACUACAGCGUGAAGAUUGAGCUGAAAAGGCAAGGAACUGUUCUGGCCCAGAACUUCACCAAGUUCCUGUCAGACGGGUCGAGCAGUAUCUUCCCCGUGUGGUUCGAACACCCCGUCCAGGUGGAACAGGACACCUUCUACACUGUCAGCGCCGUCCUGGACGGAAGCGAGCUGAGUUACUUUGGGCAGGAGGGGAUGACCGAGGUGCAGUGCGGAAAAGUAACCUUUCAGUUCCAGUGUUCGUCAGACAGUACCAAUGGGACCGGCGUGCAGGGGGGGCAGAUACCUGAACUGGUCUUCUAUUGUUGAACUGGAACCUGGCAGACUCGCAGCUGUGAUUCUGAGUGGGGGGCUGUUGUAGUGAGCUGGAAGCUGAUUGGCUGUGUGACUUUUUAAAGAAAAUAAACUGAACAUCGAGGCAGAAACUGAACUGUGUUGCUGUUUCUUUGAGGUGAAGUCCUGAGAUACGUGAUUUAGAUUCCUGCUGUUUCAGCCUUUAUAUCUGUGAUGGUUAGAUGCAGAAUGGCUGAUGGGAACUGUAGUUCUGUACUGAACCUUCACCUGUAGCUCUUGAAGGAGGAGUCACAACUGAUACUUCAUGUUUGAUGUGAUGUUUAUAAAUUCAGUCAUUGGACAUCAGGUCGAACCCUAACCCUAACCCCACUGCUUCAAAGUCGUGAAACGUUUAUGAGAAUAAAUUCCUCACAGGAACAACUG